AUGGAAAAAGAGUUAGGCAAUUCCACCGAAAUAAAAUUAGUUAGUCCCAGUGUAGUGCGAGUUAUCCAAGCAGGUGGUGAAAUUAGCGAAGAUUUGAAAAAAGCCAAAAUUAUUUUCUUUCCGAUAAAUAAUUCGGAAAACCAUGAAACCGGAAAGAUUUUGGGCGGCUAUCAUUAUAACUCUCUCGACUCUUCUAUUACUGAUAAUGCCAAAAAACUAACUGAUAAAUUUCGGCAAAAAUUAAGUAUAAAGGAGGAGAAACAUGUACUCUAUCCAGCAAAAAAUCUUCCCCAGCAAACUGAUGGUGCCGAUUGCGGAGUUUAUGUAAUUGCUUUUACACGGGCUUUGAUUAAGAGAUUUCGAGAAGACAAUUCCUAUCAUAAUUGGGGUUUGAAAGAGGAAGAUUUAAUUUUUCCCAUUGCCGAAGAGAGACAAAAAUUAAAAGCGGUGGGUUUUCCCAAAAAGGAUAAUAUCGGUGAUGACGUUGAAUAUUUGGAAAUAGCAAUGCUAACCACUGCCCUUUUGCUGGCAAAUAAAAACUCUACUCCAACUUCUCGGUCAACUCCAAGUGAUAGCCCGAAUUUAACUAACACCAAAACCGAAGUGAUUACUACCAUUGAAAGAAAACUGAGUGCUGACAAUAUCAAAAAUGAUGAUUUGUUACAACAACUAAAAUCUGAGCAUAGUUUAACUGCUGGGGAAAAUAAUUGA